GUGGGAUUUUGAAGGAUGGUGGAGUAGCAUGACUUGGAGGUUUUAGUUUCUUGUUUGUUUUAAAAUCAAGUAUAUUCAUUUUCAACAAAUCAGCUAACUUAGAAGAAACAUAAACAACAUGAGUACAUCAACAAAUACCAGUCAAAAGGAGAAAGAUGAAAAUGAAAAUCAUACUUCUAUAUUAGUUCAGGCCUUAUUAGUCUUUCUUUUUAUUGUGCGAAUAAUUUUGGAUUGGUUUGUGGACUUCGUAUUUAGUAUCAUAUAUAAAAAUGAAGAUCAUUUAAAACUACCUGGAGUUAAGAAUCCCUUGCUUUUGAAAAGUGCAACACAAUUGGCUCAAGAAAUCAGAGAGAAAAAACUGUCUUGUGAGGAAGUAGUCUGUGCACAUAUUGAUCGUAUCAAGGAAGUUAAUAAAUUCUUAAAUGCUGUCGUGGAUGACAGGUUUAGCGAUGCCAUUGAAGAAGCCAAAAAGGUAGAUCAGUAUCUUGCUGAAACCGAUCUAACCCCUGAGGAAAUAAGAACAAAAAAACCCUUUCUUGGAGUUCCAUUUACUUCGAAAGAAAGCACUAAAGCAAAAGGAAUGUCGUUCACUUGUGGACUUGUGUCAAGAAAAGGAACAAAAUCGACAGAAGAUGCCGUAGUUGUUGAAAGACUGAAGGAGAGCGGCGCUAUCCUCAUAGCGGUCUCCAAUGUCCCUGAAUUAAAUCUGUGGUGUGAGACAAGAAACAAUGUUUUUGGCCAGACUAAUAAUCCUUACAAAUUUUCUCGUACUACUGGAGGAUCUACUGGUGGAGAAUCUUCCAUAAUCUCUGCUUGCGGAUCACCUUUCGGAAUUGGCACCGACAUUGGAGGCUCGAUCAGGAUGCCUGCAUACUAUUGUGGUCUAUUCGGUCACAAACCUACAACUGGUUUAAUAACAACAAAAGGGCUUACGUUUAGGACAGGUGAUGAAGUUAGUACCAUGGUGACUGCCGGUACACUCUCACGCACUGCGAAAGAUAUAACUCCUUUUCUAAAAGUCCUUUUAGGAGAAAACGUCAAAUCAGUAAAACUUGAUGAAAAGGUAAACUUGCAAGAUGUUAGAGUUUGUUAUUGCUUGAACCCAAAAGAUCUGAGGGUGAGUCCGGUAUCUAAAGAAGUCGUAAAAUGUAUUCUGAAGGCUGUUGAUCAUUUAUCUACUGUUUCAAAAUUUCAUGUUGACAAGGUUAGUUUAAAUGGAUUCAAGUAUAGCUUAAGUUUAUGGAGACAUGAAAUGUCAUUAGAACCUUCCAACUUCGCUUUGGAUUUAGGAAAUAGACAGAAAGAAGUUUCACUAUGGUCGGAAUUACCAAAGAUGCUCUUAUUUCAAUCAAAGCAUACUUUACCUGCUAUUAUGCGGCUCAUGGACUUGAAUCUUUUACCGCCAACUGAUCCAAUAUGGGCUGAAAAAGAAAGGGAUACUUUGAAAAAACAAAUUUUGGAACUUUUAGGAGACAAUGGAGUUUUAUUAUUCCCGAGUUGCCCCACAGAAGCGCCUUACCAUUACGCUUCAUUCUUUAGACCUUAUAACUACGCUUAUUGGUCAAUAUUCAAUGUACUUAAAUUACCAGUAACGCAAGUUCCACUUGGUAUGACGAAGAAUGGUUUACCAGUCGGUUUACAGGUUGUUGCCGGUCCUAAUAAUGACCAUCUUAGUAUUGCUGUAGCUGAAGAGCUUGAAAAAACAUUUGGUGGAUGGGUUCCACCAUUUGCUCAGUGAAUUUUUAUUUAUUUAUUUAUUGUCUACAACUGAUUUAAUUUUUUUUUUAAGUAUUAUAAAUAUUAUAGUAUUUUGGCUGUAACUGUAUAUACCAAAAAUACAUUUCUUAAAGGAAUUAAUAUUUUUAUAUAUGUUUAUGCUAUUAAUACCAACUGAGGGGACAGUAUUAUUUUAAAACUUUUUGAAAAAGAAAAAUAUUUUAUAAUAAAUAUUUUUUUUAAUCUA